CAGGCCUCUUCCUGAAUGCAAAUCUACAAGAGCACUCUGGCUAGAUCAGUCACACAACGAAUAUUCCCUACAUCCCAGACACAAUGGCAGACGAAGAUCUCAUCUUUAGGAUGGAGGGGCUGGAUAAUGGCCACAUUUUAAAAGAUCGCUGCUCUGAUUACAAGGGAGAAAGUGAUGAGGAGGACAAUUACUUCAUCUGCCCCAUCACUGAUGACUAUUCAUCAUCACCCCACGAGGGAAAGAAGAAAAAGUCCCGCUUCUUUGGCAGUCUGACAAAGGAAAAUGAGUAUGGAACCAGUUCAUCACCCAGGAACUCCUUCAGUAUCAGGAAUGACAAACACCACUAUAAUAAGCAUGGCUGCUUGACUGAGCAAAGUCGGGAGGCCUGGAGAAAUGCCAUCCAGAAAGCCAAGCAGAUGCCUGACCCAUGGGCUGAGUUCCACUUGGAAGAAAUAGAAACAGAGCAUGCAGUCCGACACAGGUACAACGCUGUGUCUGGCCGGUGGGUGCAAGAUGAUGUGCUAAUUAAAAUGGCCUCACAGGCAUUUGGCCGAGGUGCUAUGAGGGAAUGCUACAGGACGAAGAAGUUGUCUAAUUUCUCCCACAGUCAUCAAUGGAAAGGUGCUUUGAAUUAUGUAGCCAAGCGAUACUUAGAGACUGUAGACAGAGAUGUAUAUUUUGAAGAUGUCCGACUCCAAAUGGAGGCCAAGCUAUGGGGGGAGGAGUACAACCGGCAUAAACCACCAAAGCAGGUGGACAUCAUGCAGAUGUGUAUCCUUGAGAUGAAGGACAGACCUGGAAAACCAUUGUUCCACCUUGAACAUUACAUUGAGGGCAAAUACAUCAAAUAUAACUCCAACUCUGGAUUCGUUAGAGAUGACAAUAUUCGGCUCACCCCACAGGCUUUCAGCCACUUUACAUUUGAACGAUCAGGACAUCAACUGAUUGUUGUUGACAUUCAAGGAGUUGGAGAUUUAUACACAGAUCCUCAAAUCCACACGGAGAGCGGAACUGACUUUGGAGAUGGGAACUUAGGGGUACGAGGGAUGGCUUUGUUCUUCCAUUCCCAUGCCUGCAACAAAAUCUGUAAAAGCAUGGGGCUGACGCCAUUCGACCACUCACCAAAGGAGAAAUCCAUUAUGGAAAACAGCAGCAAGUUGUUGCAAUCUGCCAAGACAGUGGUGCGUGGCAUAGAAGAGAAAUGUGGCAGCAGUCGGGUCAGGACUAUGUCAGGAAGCCGCCCACCUCUUCUGUCUCGCCUCUCAGAGAACUCUGCAGAUGAGAACAUGACCGAUAUGACAUUUGAUUCUCUGCCAAACUCCCCUUCCCCGGUCACCCCCCAGGGCCACCGAUUUGAUGUACAUGGAUGGCCUAUUUUCAAUGAAGUUGAUAAUCUGGUACAUGAAGAUAACAGUCUGGAUAACCACAGAGAUUCAGAAAAUGGCGGUGACAGCGGCUGUCCCAGUGAAAAGAGAAGCGAAUCUGAUGAAAUGGAGAAUCGAGUUCAUGCAAAUUAUAACCGGAGAAGAUUGGAAUCAGAGUCUGAAGACAGCUUUGGCAAGGUGUCUGUGGAGAAGUGGAACCAGUUUCAUGCAUCCCGUGUGCACAUUCAUCGACCAUCCUGUGUUGCGGUUGAAGUGCAAAGAAUUAAUGCCCUCGUGCUUGAGAAGAAGAUUGGAAAGUCCAUUCUUGGGAAGGUUCACUUGGCAAUGGUACGUUACCAUGAAGGAGGGCGUUUCUGUGAGAAGGAUCAGGACUGGGAUCAGGAAUCUGCUAUAUUUCACCUGGAACAUGCUGCUCAUUGUGGAGAACUGGAAGCCAUUAUUGGCCUUGGCCUCAUGUACUCUCAGCUGCCCCAUCAUAUCCUGACUGAAGUUUCUGUGCAGGACACAGAAGAAAACAGAACUAAGGGCUUUAACUAUUUAUUGAUGGCGUCAGAAGCUGGGGACCGUCCUUCUAUGAUGCAGAUUGCUCGAGCAUAUGACACAGGACUCAAUCUUGCAGAAGACAGGGAACAGGACUGGCAAGAAGCUCUGUACUGGUACAAUUCUGCUCUGAACAUGACUGAUUAUGAUGAAGGGGGAGAAUAUGAUGGCACCCAAGAUGAACCCAAAUAUCUACUGCUGGCUAGAGAAGCUGAAAUGCUGCUCACUGGGGGAUACAAUUUGGAGAAAGACCCACAAAGAUCAGGUGACUUGUACACAGAGGCUGCUGAAGCUGCAAUGGAAGCUAUGAAAGGAAGACUGGCAAAUCAGUACUAUCAGAAGGCAGAGGAAGCCUGGGCUGCCAUGGAGGAGUGAUGUGUCCUAUUAAAUGCAAAGACAAUGGCAGCUUUAGCUACUUAUCCAAUAAGGAUUAUAUUUUGUAGAUGUUACAAAAUAUUUGUUUACUUUCUGGAGCUCCUUCUUGCUUGUUUACACCGACCAAAAAAAAAGAUAAAAAAGUGUAUUUUGUUAGAUGUUGUAUGGUGUAUGAGAAUGUGUGCAGAUCUAGCAGUAGACCUGUGUGGAUCCAGUGCAUACCUUAUGCAUACCUUAUGUGACAGUAGGUGACUCUGCUGUCUUCUGCUGCACUGACAAAUAUUAAAAGACCUCACACAUUCUAAUUGCUGA